AUGUCCCGGCUGCUUCUCCCGUUCUUCAUCUCCUCCUCUGCAUUGGCAUUUGAGGUUCUGGAUGUUGGGGCGCCGCGUACUGGCACCCAGUCCAUGCACAACGCUCUGCACAUACUCGGCUACAAAACCCUUCACAGCGGCUAUGAGUCCGAGAAGCGGAUUCCCUGGUGCGAGUACUUGUUCGCCAACGGCCCGCUGCAAGACGCCAUGGCCACCUUGGAGGGCUACGACGCCGCAAUGGAUGAGCCCUUCCAGUUGGUCUACGAGGAGAUCAUGGAAGCUUUCCCGAAGGCGAAGUUUGUGUUGACCAUCUCUGAUCCAGAGCGUUGGUUCGAGAGCUAUGUCAAGCUGGUCGCAGGCAUGUCUACGACGGAUUGGCUACACAGCGGUCGUGACUUUGGAGACUUUUAUGCCGAAAGAAGAGACCACGCGGAGAUUCGUUAUUGCGCGGCCGCAACCUACUGGGGAUGUGAGUUCGCCAACUUCACUGCUGAAUCCAAGAGGCAAUGCUUACAGGCAUACCAACAUCACAAUGAACGAGUGCAGCAAGUGAUCCCAGCAGAUCGCUUGUUGGUGUUCAACUUUACGGCCGGCUGGGCGCCACUGGCCCACUUCCUUGGCAAGCCGAUUCCAGAUGAGCCUUUCCCACACGUAGAUCUGGCGGGCGACAUCUUCGAGAAGAAUCUGCCUGAAACGUCUCAACCUGUCUCCUUUCUUCAGGAGUCCAUCAAGCUAAACGCAGAGCUUUGA